GUCCAUCUCCGUCCCAUCACUGCAGUACCUUAUCCGGCAUCCUAGAUCGCCGUGUAUCAACCAAACGUACUUGACCACCCUUCCUUCAUCCCGUCUUGUCUUUUUAAUACUCCGAUCAUAACGAUACCUCCGGACUUUUGAACUCCAACAUUCCCCGGUACACCAUCUUGGCGGUCCGCCCGUGUCUUAUUGCCUUGCCAAGAUGGCAGAUCAUGAAGCCUCAAAGAUAAACCACGAUAACCAUCUACUACUGGACCAGCCAUUGCUCCGUCUGCCAUACGAACUCCUCCGCAAGAACUUCCGAUCUGCUCACUUCACCGUCGAGAAAGAGUCAACAACCCUCAACAAGCUCCUGAAAGAAACAGCGAAAGGAUCCCUCGACGGCAAGACAUCGCCCGAAGAUGUCGUCAAGAACCUCGAUACCAUGAUUGCCAAGAUGCGCGGCAUGAAGCGCAAGCUGUCAACGUAUGCCAACGAGGAAACCAGGCUUUAUAAGCAGCUUGAUGCUCGUGUGGCGCAUCUGCGCGAGCUCUCGGAUAUGCACUCGGUUGAAGAUGUUAAAUACGAGGCUUGGUCCAGGAAACGUCUGGAUCGACUGCUGGUCGACUACAUGCUACGGCACGGAUACAACACUUCGGCCCAAGCCCUGGCAAACGAGCGCGAGAUGCACGACUUGGUGGACGUGGAAACAUUUUUGACAAUGAGCAAGAUCCGCGAGUCUCUCGAGAACGGCAGCGUCACCGAGGCGUUGGCUUGGUGCAACGACAACAAGAAAGAGCUUCGAAAGUUACAGUCCAACCUCGAAUUUCUCCUUCGCUGCCAACAAUACAUCGAGCUCCUCCGCAUCAACACCCCAUCCAAAUCCGUGGAGGCUAUUACCCAUGCAAAGAAAUACAUUGCCCCCUUCCAAGAACAAUACCCCGACGAGGUCCGCGAAAUGGCCGCCCUUCUCGCCCACCGGCCCACCGACAAGAACCUCCCCCUCAAAUACGCCGCCUGGUACAGUCCGGAUCGGUGGACCAAGCUCGCCACCUCUUUUGUAGAAGCGCAUAACAAGCUGUUAGGCCUGCCCACUUUUCCCUUGCUGCACACAGCCCUGUCCUCAGGCUUAUCGGCCCUCAAGACGCCCGCCUGCCACGGCACGCAAAAGACGACUUCUUCCUCACAGCCCGGGCAUAGCCAGACGAGCAUGACUAGCACAGUAUGCCCGAUCUGCUCGAUCGAGCUGAACGAGUUGGCCAAGAACGUCCCCUAUGCGCACCAUAGCAAGAGCCAUCUGGAUAAUGACUUGCUGCUCUUGCCGAACGGGCGCGUGUACGGACAGGCAAAGCUGGAUGAGUAUGCGGCCAAGGCGGGGCUGGCGGAGGGGCAGGUGAAGGACUUGGUUACCGGCGAGGUGUAUUCGAGGACGGCGUUGAAGAAGGUUUUUGCUUGAUACUGCGGUUUUCGAUUUACGAGCAACGACACACGUGCUUCUUUUGGGGGGUCUAUCUUUUCUUUCAUUAACUGGGGAAUUUGGGGUAUAUGCUACGACGCGGGUUGACUGACGGCUAUGAUUUACGGGUGUUUGGGGGAUUUUAUCAUCGCAUUGCUUUCUCAGGGAGAGGAACUCAUCAUUUGGGGAAAUUAUCAUUAUUAGUCUGGUUUCAGUUUGGACUACGUCCCAGGACAGAGACUCAACAGCGCAGUAAACAGCUUGGGAAUGGGUACGGAUGGGGGAGACAUUACGUUGGCUUCUAUAUCACUAUGUUGGGAUGGAAUAAAAAGAUCGCAGGAUGGUAAGAUUGGGGAUAAGAUACGCGGCAUGGCAUACCGUAUUUACACACACACACACACACACACACACACACACACGCGCAGACAUACGCAUAUGAGCCCAAAACAGCGUUGCCAUUAUCAUAAGAAGAAGUCUAGGUAUAAAAACUGAUGACUUUCAUGACUUUGGCCUACACGUUGACUCAAAAAUACCACGUAUGUGGAGGAGCUUCAAGCUCAAAAAGAGUAAAUGAAUGAGGUGAAACCAAG